GGGGAAUGGCCGGCGAGCAUCGCGCGGGGUGGAUGACGUCAAUGGCCAGCAGACUAUAAAAGGCCAGCACCUGGCUCUAUUCCCGCAUUCCUACCGGCGAGGAGCAGAGAGUCAGUAGUGGUGUUUCGUGGCUGCUCGAUAUACUCCGCAGUUAUAAACCGGCAAUAAUGAACGGACAGAUGCUUAACGGUUUCCAUGACUCCCUCAUCGACGAGGGCAGCUUUCUGUUUACCUCGGAGUCUGUCGGAGAAGGCCAUCCCGGUGAGUGACGGAGCGGAAAUGGCGGCGGGCGCGUGGUGGAGGCUGUCGGGCCUAGGCUGGGCUGUUGCGACGGCUGUUCGCGGUGUAAAGGGGGAGCCGGAGUGUGUGCGCGAGCCGGGAUCCGGUCUGUCUCCGCGCGCGCACUGCCCCCCCUAGCGUGACAGCCAGCAGUACCCGGCCCGCGGGCAAUCAGACUGAUCGCACGAGCGCUGGCCAGUCGUGUUGGGUAACUGCUGCGGGGACUGUGUUACCUGAGCAAAGCACGUGGUAAUCAGCCACUGACUCAGAAAUGCUUCUGUUAACGCCAGCCUGUGUAGCCAGACAUUAAUAUAGUCUGUAAACUCGUUUGAGCAGGGUCCUCUUCAACCUAUUGUUCCUGUAAGUUUUCUUGUAAUUGUCCUAUUUAUUGUUACAUCCCCCUCUCAAAAUAUUGUAAAACGCUACGGAAUCUGUUGGCGCUAUAUAAAUGAUGAUAAUAUAGUGUGUUAAUGCCAGCCUGUGUAGCCAUACAUUAAUAUAAUAUAUAGUGUGUGGCUUGAUCUCUCGCUGUCAAACCAGCUCUAGUUGCAAUGUCUCAUAGGAGGUGAGUUUACACGAUGUAAAAUUCAGGGCUUCUAGAACCCCAGAGAUACCUUCUGUCCAUAAUGUCUGAUGGAGUAGCUAUCUCUCGGAAUGCUGACGCAAUUACAUUAGGACUUGGUGAGUGCAGUGACCUUAAGUGUAAGGGAUCUGUUGGCAGGAUGCUGUUACCUUGUGUAGUUUGUAGUGGGUGUUGGCUAACUGACCAAUAAGUGGGUUCUGAUCUAUUUAAAUCGCAUGGCAAGACGUCUAAGAAGGUGGGUGUGAAGGGCGCCAUCCAAUGAGGCAGAUUCCUCAUUGGAUCAGGUUUCAGGUCUGCAACGGCAUGAAUAUAUUAUAAAACAUGUGCUGUCAUUGGAAACAUUCCAUCGGAAGUGUACAGAGUGCUUCAUUCAGUUCUGGUCUCUACCACGUGGUUUUAGUGCAGCAGCACAUCAAUUCAAGGAGCAUUGUGUAACACUCUUGAGCACACCUUCAGUGCUACUUAUGUUGAUAGUUGAUUCCUUGGCUUAAAACAUCAGUUUCCAGGUGUGGUUUACCUUGUGUAACCACUAAUGGAGGUGGAGUUUAAAUUAUACAAGAUUUUACUGUAAUGAAUGUGAUACAACUGGCAAUUACAGCACUCUGGUAUGCAGUGCUAUCCCUGGAAAUGCUUUAAUGGAAUGAGACUGAUGACCUAACCACAUGUACAGUGGGCAUAGAGUGGCAUAUGGUAUACAGUCUACACCUGCUACAUUACAGCAUGGUCUCUGGUUACAAUUAAAGAUUUAAAUGUCGCCAUUUAGUAUGGAUUGGUGCUUGUGUUUUCCUGUCUUUAUGGGCCACUUGACAAUUUUAGAUGGAGUCAUUAAGAUUAAUACAUACUCUUGUUCUUUAUAUGAAAUGUUUGACUUGUGUCUUGCAGACAAAAUCUGUGACCAAAUCAGUGAUGCUGUCCUUGAUGCCCACCUCAAACAGGACCCAGAUGCCAAAGUUGCAUGUGGUAAGACAUUUGGUUGUAUUAUGAAAUUACUUGUGACUGAUAUAAACUUAAUUACUAAAGCUCUCCUCUGCCUGCAGAAACUGUUGCAAAGACUGGCAUGAUCCUCCUUGCUGGUGAAAUCACUUCCAGGGCAGCUGUGGACUACCAGAAAAUUGUGCGGGACACAAUUAAACAUAUUGGAUAUGAUGAUUCCUCAAAAGGUAAGUGUUUAUUGCAGACUUGCCAAUGUGAUUAGUCAAAUAGACGGUACACUAACAUUUUUAUAUUUAUAAAUUAAAGGUUUUGACUACAAAACAUGUAAUGUAUUGGUUGCACUGGAACAGCAAUCCCCAGACAUUGCUGCUGCUGUUCAUCUGGACAGAAAUGAAGCAGAUGUUGGCGCAGGAGAUCAGGUACACACCUACCUAGAAUGUUCACUGAUACAGAGACCGUGCCAGACACUUAGUCAUUCCUCAAAGUUUUUGUCUUUUUAUAGAAUUUCUUCCUUUUUGGGCUGUCAGACUCUAGGGGACUAAAAUAUUUUGCUUCUGUUAGCAUGCUGAGUGUAACUGUACUGUCUUUAUAUGGGUGCAUGUAUAUGGAUCAAGGAUCCUGCUCUACACUAAAGGUAGGGUUUUUUUUUUUUUUAGGUGAUAUGCUUUUGACCCCCAUUAUUGGUAUUUAUAUAGUGCCAGAUUAUUCCACAAUGCUUUACAAUAAAAGGGAAUUAACUCAACAGGAAUAGUGGGUAGUUGAGGACCCUGCUCAAACGAGCCUAGUCUAGAGGAGGUAGGGUAUAAAUACAAAACAGGGCAGCAAGGGUGACGGCCACCAAACAAGUCAACCCCCAUAAAUUAACCACGCUUCCUUCUUGCAGGGAUUAAUGUUUGGUUAUGCCACAGAUGAGACAGAAGAGUGCAUGCCACUUACAAUGGUCCUUGCUCACAAACUGAAUGCUAAGUUGGCAGAACUGAGACGCAAUGGAACUCUACCCUGGCUUCGACCUGACUCAAAGACCCAGGUGAGGGUUCUUUUCCUGACUAAUGGAACUUUAGUGUUGGCUUCUGUGUUUAAAUUUAAAAAAAAAAAAAAACUUGCCACAUUCUUGUUGCAUUCUCUGCAGGUGACUGUUCAGUAUAUGCAGGACCGUGGAGCAGUUAUUCCAAUCAGAGUUCACACCAUUGUAGUAUCUGUGCAGCAUGAUGAUGGGAUAUGCCUAGAUGAAAUGAGAGAUGCCCUUAAGGAAAAGGUGGUGAAGGCUGUGGUACCUGCAAAAUACCUGGAUGAUGAUACUAUCUACCACUUGCAGCCAAGUGGGCGCUUUGUGAUUGGCGGUCCUCAGGUAAACUUACAAACUUUUUGUGUAAACUGCACUUACAAUAAAAACCAGUGCAGUAGUCCCAGUUUUGUUUGUACUAAAUCCAGGGUCCUUUUAUAUUUGCCUACAGGGUGAUGCUGGGUUAACAGGACGAAAGAUUAUAGUUGAUACCUAUGGUGGAUGGGGUGCCCACGGAGGUGGCGCUUUCUCUGGCAAAGACUACACCAAGGUGGACCGGUCUGCUGCUUAUGCUGCCCGUUGGGUGGCAAAAUCUCUGAUUAAAGCUGGACUCUGCCGCCGUGUCCUGGUCCAGGUGUGUUUAACAUACUGGUCUUAAUUUGGACACUCUCAAAUCCUAUUCCUAUGUGGAUGCUGUUCUUUAUAUUUAGAUGAGAUUUUCUUUUUCUAUCAGGUGUCCUAUGCAAUUGGGGUUGCCCAUCCUCUGUCAAUCUCCAUUUUCCAUUACGGGACCUCACAGAAGAGUGAGCGGGAACUACUGGAAAUAGUAAAGAAGAACUUUGACCUUCGUCCUGGUGUCAUUGUCAGGUAACGCUGGUAGAACUCUGCUUUAUUUAUUGGGGGAGGUGGAGUGUUCCAAUAUUUUAAGGUUAACUUUGUGCAUAGCUAGUCUGAGUGAGGGCUUGCCUCAGCUGGCUUGUCCUGUUGUGGGCUGACACUAUAGGUGAUGUGUGAAGAUUGGAAGUGGGUUUCACUGGUGGAUCCGGAAGCUAGCCAGUCUUCUGGUAAGUACAGAGUGGCCUACAUGUGCACAAAACUGCACAGGGUAAGUGGUGGGGCAGGGUCACCCUGUAGAAGAGUGGGAUUAUAAUUAUGGAAAAUCUUCUUAAGACUAUGUAUUAACUAGCGGACUUGUAUAUUCCAGGGAUCUGGAUCUGAAGAAACCAAUUUAUCAGAGGACUGCAGCCUAUGGUCACUUUGGUAGGGACAGCUUCCCUUGGGAAGUGCCCAAAAAGCUGGAGUAUUGAUUGUUAGGCUUUUCCCCCUCAGACCUGCUUGCGUUGUAUACAGAGAAGCUUGCAGGAUCUUAUGGGAGGAAAAGACCCCCUUCAACUUUCCCUGUCACUCCUGGCUCACUGUAUAGUCUCUAGUGCCAUGUUUUGCUAAUGAGGAGAAGGGACCAUGUAUGACCUGUAUCCUCCUCUGCUGUUUAUCCAGUCAGUGCUUGUAGUGCAUAAACUUAAACUGCACGUAGCCGUAAAUGUUUUGUGUUCUCAUGACCAAGUAUCUUGCCUGCCUUGUACUGUUUAGGUUCAGUUCUGCUGGUGUCAUUGGCUAUUACCCCUGCAGUAUCUAACAUGGGAAAUUGAUUAAAUCCCUGACUCUUCCCAUGACCUAAGACUUCAUAUAAGUAACUUAAGUUUACCCCCUCAAUUCCCAGUGUGCAUUUUUAAAAUUCCCUAUGCAUCAGACUAAGCACUUUGCCAAAAUAUAGUUAAUCUUGCAGGGUUUAUCUUAAACUUGCGAGUACAAACAUUAAAUGGGGGAGUCCAUAGUGCUGUAACAAGAUGUCCCUUCCUGGUGCCUAUACAAUUCAUCUUAAACGCUUUACUAUUUUUUUUUUUUUGCCCACUGCCACACUGCACAAAUCUCUCCCUGCCUUUUUAAAAUAACUUUAUUCUGCAUGCCAGUGCUAUGUCUGUGGGUUUUUUUUUUUGUUCUUGCUUUGCUGCAAGCUGGUGUGGCUACAGAGAAACCAGCUAGGUGCAGAGUCCAGACACAGAACUGGCAUGUAAGGCUGGCAGAGUGAAAGGAUCUUACUUGAAGAAAAUGGCUAUGUAACUGCUUUAUUUAUUGUGUUGCCUGAUUUUGGCGUAAGUACAGAGUAGCCUCUGCUUCAGGCAACAUAACUUUAUUUUUUUUGAAAAAUCUUAGUGUAUUGGUUCUCUUCAUCAAUGUGGUCAGUAACCUCUGGCAGGUCCUGGUGUUGUACAGAAAAACCAGGCCUGUCUUCUGCAGAGGCUUUAGCUGGUGUAACAUGUCUGCUUGUUCCAGUGAGGAAAUACUCUGUAGGUGUAAGCACACUUUACCAGUGUUGUACAGAGUAACUGGUUGUUUACAAGCUGCAAUGCAGUGUGUCUCCUACACUAGGUGCUAGCUCCAUAAAACUUCCACCAAUUUUUUUUUUAAAUCUCUUCAAUGUCUGGUUCUGGUAAACUAACAGCAGAAGACCUAACCUGAAUAAAGUAUUCAAUUCUCCUUUUAUACCUGUGUCUGACUUGGUUCUUGC